AUGAAUGUGGAGCUGAGAGGCCAUAAGCUGAUGACUAGCACAGGCCGCCGUUCCGUCGUUACCCCCCGACGCCGCCCUCCCGGGACACUUCCGGCGAGGAGCCAUGGCCGCCGCCGCCGCCUUCGCCGCCGCCCGGGCCUCACGCGGGAGUGCGGGGAAGAAGCUGAAGCAUUCCCUCAAGAGGAAGAAGAAGAUGAAAAUGGUUCCACAGGAAGGUGUGCAUCAGACAAGGGUCACUUCUCUUCUGAUGACGAAGCAGUGGAGGCUGACCAUGAAGAUGAAGUCGAACCCUGUGACGAUGAUGGUGAAAAUGUGGCGGGAGCCAGCUUGGGGACUAGUGCCGGUUGGGCCGACGCCAUGGCUAAAAUCCUGAACAAAAAAACCCCUAAAAGCAAACCCACCAUUCUGGUCAGAAACAAAGAGCUGGAAAAGGAAAAAGAAAAGUUAAAGCAGGAGCGACAGGAGAGAAGAAAGCAGCUCGAUAAGAAGCGGGAGUGGGAGAUGAUGUGCCGAGUCAAGCCAGACGUGGUCAAAGACAAAGAUGCGGAGAGGAAUCUCCAGAGAAUCGCCACGAGGGGUGUGGUGCAGCUGUUCAAUGCCGUGCAGAAGCACCAGAAGAACGUUGAUGAGAAGGUGAAGGAAGCUGGAAGCUCAAUGAGAAAGCGUGCAAAGCUGAUAUCAACUGUUUCCAAGAAAGAUUUCAUCAGUGUCCUGAGGGGGGUGGACGGAAGUACCGGCGAGAAAAGUUUGACGGGAAGGAGCUCAGAGGCCAAACAGACUGAAGUGAGAGAAGAGGGCCCGGGAUGGACCAUCCUCCGUGAUGAUUUCAUGAUGGGAGCGUCCAUGAAAGACUGGGACAAGGAGAGUGACGGGCCAGAUGGCAGCCAACCGGGAUCGGGAAGUGAGUCGGACACAGAGAGCUAGAGGUGCGGGAAGCACUUGGACAGUCACUUUGUUUCCCUAGAGAAUUGCUGCUGCUGCUGCUGCCCUGAAAGUCGGGACUCAUCAGAAGGCUGUUUGUAAGAGCAAAAUGCCUGCACUCUGCCCACUCUGAUGGUUCCCCUUUUCACAUAAACUUUGUGAGAAUUAGGUGUUCAAACUUUGUAUAACUUUAAGCAUUGUCCCUCAAAACAUUUUUAAAAGGAAACAUUUCUACUUGUCCAGCGAGCGAGAUGCUCCUGUUGCCCCAUCACUGGUUUACAUGUUGGUCAUGGGUACUGGUGUUGUCUUAGGUAUUUACCAGUUUCCAGAAGUGCAGUGUCCUUCCUAAUUAAAUUGAACUCCUUGAUGUUAAUAUCUCUCAUCUUGCAGGCCUGUGUAUUUAUAGUUUUGGGGGGAAGGGUUGAUGUUUGUUUUGGUGACUUAUUGAGAAAACUUUUGUAGUAAAAUUUAAAAUUAUAGUAUUUUUGAUUAGGGGUUUUAUUUUUUUAGCUAUUCUGGCAAAUAUAUAAGAAACAUCAAAUCGUUACUUUUGUAUCAUUUCCUUUUAUGUGCUAAGUGAUAGGCAUGGGUGCUGAAUUGGGGUUUGUUUUGCGUGUCGGUCGUCUUUGCCCUGGUCCUCACGCACGCAGCCAGGCAUCGUUGCUGAGGCUUGUCGACAUGCAUGGUCCUUUCCCUUUGGAGACUAUCUGAGUUACCUUCAGUUCUCUCUUACGGCCGACUGACCAGUGAGGCCGUAGGGCAGCUCAUAGGCGGUCUGCCCAGAACACGCAUCCGGGAGAGACUUGGACCCUCACUGUUGCCCUAUAGAGAGCUAAAUUCAGGGAGGUCUGUGCCUAGCUGUUAGAGAGAAGGCAGAGCAAGGCUCGUGUCCCUCUGAAAGUCCUGUGAAAUGGGGCCUAGGACCUAAAUCUAGGAGAAUAGUUCAAUGAAUGUGAUCUCUUUGUUUGUUCAAACACUCCAUCCCUUUGUCCAUCUUUCUAUAAUAAAAAUAGAUAAAAACAGAUCCCUCCUGCUACCCACUGGCACAUCCUUGCAUCUGCUGAACACCAAAGGAGAAUCCUCCCAAAAACUUUGCUGGAGAAGGGGCAUUUAUAUUUUUAAACCCGUUUGAGUGUUAUAGGAAUUACGUAACUGAAGUUAAGUUAGUCCACAGCCUGGUAUUUGUUAUCAUAAAGGAAGGUGCCCACCUACGAUACCAGGUGAUUAAACCUGCAAAGCUCCAGUGCAUUUUUGUGUUUGUUCCAGCUUUUGAACUUGAGUGAAUUAUUGAAUUAUAGGACUGCCAUUUGUCAGUGUAAUAUAAAUAAAUGUGAGCAAAUAUUUCUCAAUAGUAACACAGGAGGACUAAAUAUCCCCUUAUAACAGCACAGGUGAAUGUUCCCUUCAAUAUAACCUGACACAGGUGAUUUUGAAAAAACAAACCAUUUCUAGCACCUAAAAUCUUUUUUCUCCCCAGAUUUAAAGAUUACCCUUUAUUUUUUGUUAUUCCUCCCUUUCUGCACCAUAAUGAACCUUUGUGAACAUUCUGAAUAAAGCUGGUAAAUAACUUCUCAUUUAUUAAAAAGCUGUUUUUGACAUAUAUACUCAUUGUAUAGUCCUUAAUUUAAUUUAAAAAAAUUGAACAUGAUUUUCAAACUGAAGGUAAGGAAGAGAAUAUUUGCAGAUUUUCUUCUUUUAGAAAUUAUUUUAUUCCAAAAUAAAGUUGAGUUGCCACUGUAAAAAAUACAUCAUGUUAGAAUAUAUAAAGCUUUUAUAAAUUACAUGAAAUAAACUUUAUUGUAAAGA